GCUGCCCUUUUAGAAGGCUACCUGCCGCUAGGGGGCGCUUUCGCCUGUGGACCUGUUGCCCCUCGAAAUUGAUUGAAGAGGCCUGGGGCUUAACAACGCAAUAGGAUUUGUGGAUAGGUCACAAGUACUAACGAUUGGCGUCAUCUCUUGCGUACUUUCUAUAGAGGCAGGCAAAUGAACAUAAACUUUAACGCUGUGCUAAACACGCUGGCCUCCAAGGCCAAAGCGCUGGCGUUAAAUGUCACAGAAAUUGAGCUCAAAGUUUUGGACGCCACAAACGAGGAGCCAUGGGGUCCACAUGGCAAGGAUAUGCAAGAGAUCGCCCGGGCUGCGGAAGAUCCCGAAAAGUACAACUUGAUUAUGAAUGUUAUCAGCGAGCGGUUGCAGAUGCGAGAUGAGAACUGGCGGUUGUGCUACAAGGCCCUCCUGCUGCUCGAGUACCUUGUUAAGCACGGUCCCUGGCGUGUGGUGGAAGAGCUCAACCGCAGCGUCUCUUCCCUGGAGCGCCUCCGAGACGACUUUGAGUACAAGGACCCGCAGGGUCGAGACCAGGGCAUUAACGUGCGCCAACGCGCCGGGGAGCUGGCGGCACUCGUGAGCAACGAGGACCGCGUGAGGCAGGAGCGCGAGAAGGCGGCGCGGAACGCCAAUAAGUACCGAGGUCUCUCUUCGUCCGAGGUUCGCGGUGGAGGGGGCGGCUACGGCGGGUUCCGGAGCAGCAGCAGCAACAGCGGGGGCUUUGGCAGCGGCGGCUUUGGUGGCGGUGGCGGUGGCGGGGGAUACGGCAGCAGCAACAGCAGCUUUGGCCACGGGGGCGGCAGCGGGGGCUUUGGCAGCGGCGGCUACGGCGGCUUUGGUGGUGGCGGCGGUGGCGGGAGUUCUUCAGGCAAUGGUGGCGGUGGGUUUGGAGCAGGAGGCGGUUCUGGCAGCACGAGCAGCCGGUCUCUGCAGGCUUACGCGCCGCCCGGGAAUGGCGAGAGCGCGCAUGGCGGCCGGUCCGGCAGCAGCCAUGGCGGCCGGGGCUCCUCCGCGGCGGGCAGCGGCGGGGGUGCGGGCGGGGAGGGGGCGGAGGACCCCUUCGAGGCCACUCGCAAGCGGAUAGAGCGGCUGAAGGCGGAGGGGGCGCUCGCGGAGCCGCCGCCUGCGGGGCCACCUCCGGGGCUGGCGGACGUGCCGGCGCCAGGCUCCAAGCCCCCCAAGAAGCUGUCCGACAUCCGGAUCAACCCCGCGGUGGCCGCCACCUUUGCCAACAUCGGCAUCACGCCAUCCAGCAGCUCCGGCAGCCUCAGUAAGCUUACAUUGCCGCCACCGCCGCCUCCCUCCGCUGCUAGCGCCCUCUCAGCCCACCAGCCCGCCUCCAGUUCCUCACUGGACCUCUUUGGCGAGCAGAACCAGCAGCCAGCAACCGCAAACGCAAAGUCACCUGCAGCAACGCAGCCAGCUGCGGACCCCUUUGCUUUUGACUUCCCUCCCGCUGCUCCGGCUUCAGCCGCGGGGAGCGCCUCCACUGCAGCAGCAGCACCUGCAGCACCUACGGCGGGCUUCGACGCCCUCUUUGGCGGAGCCACCACCGGCGCAGGCCCCUCCCAGCCCACCACCACCAUGACCACCACCACCACCAGCCGCGUACCCCUGCCCCUGGACGACUUCUCAGACCUGGGGUCCGCAAACCCCCCGGCGACCGCGGCAGCAGUCAACGGGGCGGCAGCUCUGGCCUGUGGUGCUGCCAGUGCUGCUGCGCCCGCACGGCCUGCCUUCGCCACCCUCGCCACUGCUGCCCCCGCUGCCUUUGGCACCUCCGCUGUCCCCGCUGCAGCCAUGUCGAGGCCAGCAGCGGCUCCAGCGGCGGCGGCAGAUCCGUUUGCGGUACUGUCUACGGCGUCGAGUGGAGCCCUUGCGCCGCCACCGCCGCCGCCGGCCAAGCCAUCUCCGGCGGCACCUUUCGACGCUUUCGGUGCCGCAGCGGCGAGGACACCGCUUGCCGCUACCACAAGCGUGGCUGCUGCCAGCUCCGACGACCCCUUCGCCGCCCUGGCCAGCAGCUCCUCCUCUUCUUCCUUGAGCUUCCCCUCUACCUCGUUCCAAGCCCCAGCCAAGCCUGUGCAGCCGGCGGCAGCGGCUGCUGCCUUUGAUCCCUUCUCAGCCGCGCCGGCGGUCGGGGGCAGGCCCGCAGCAGCAGCGGUGGCGCCAGCAGCGGCCUUUGAUGCGUUUGGUGCGAUGACGUCCGCACCGCCUGCUGCUGCGGCGGCGGCAGGCUCGGCAGUCCCGGCUGCCAGCAAUGCGUUUGAUGAUUUCUUUGGAAGUGCGCCGCGAGGGACACAGCCCUCCUCCUCCUCCGCACAAGCCGACCCCUUUGCUCCGUCUCCCUCAUUCUCGGCCUUCCCGCCUCCUCCAGCUGCUGCCGCCAAGACGUCCACAGCGGCUGUGGCUGCCCCGCCUGGAGCCGCAUCCAUGGCCAUGAACCGUGCUGGGGCCGCGGUGGGGGCUGCCGGGCAUAAGCCGCAUGACCCAUUUGCAGGUUUGGGUUUUUAGCGUCGUCAUUUUAACGGCGCGCAGCAGUGACAAACAAGGAAGGUAGGAAGCAGUAGGCUACUCAGGAUUAUCACCACGCCGAAUUUGGUUGAGAGGGGGUUCUGGUUCUUGUGAAGGCGAAGGUCAGUGGGAAGACCAUUGGGCCUGACAGGACGGUACAGGAGGGCAGCAGCGAUGGUUCUCAGUAUCUUUACAUUACUCCAAAACGCUGGGCCGCAAAGAGGUCUGUGGCCGCUUGGCUUACUUCGACGACAGCGGACGCGGCUGGAAUCUUUAAGCAUCUCAUGCAGGACGGCAGCUCUGGGGAGCCUCGAUGUGGGUUCACGGAGCAAUGCCAAGGGAAACGCGUGGUGGACUGGCGGUGCUGUUUGCGUGGAUACCGCCAGCCGCGGUCUAGCUGUUCCUUAGGGAAUUUCAUGUUAUGAUUGCAACGUGCGAAGUGUGGCGAUGGUAGCAUGCAGUACUGCUGGCACCUGCUUGGUGGUAGCCAUACGUGCCGAGCGCAUCCUUAGUGCUUGCGAGCAAGGCAACGGUUAGGGGCGGAUGUCCACCAACACAGUCACGAGCAGCGUGCGUGCAUGAAAUUUGACCUACUAUUAUGGCCUCUGCCCUUUCGCAACACACACAAAAGAGAUGGUGACGUUGCUGCAGCCUGGAAUGCGUAGCGUACGAUGCAGGGAAAGCGUGGCUACCAGCCGUCCAUUACACAAGGAUGCGCUCUGCAGGCCAUGUCCCACAGCUCAUUUUCAUGCAUGGGCAAGGGGCUAAUGGUUUGUGAUUGCUAAUCAGCGCACGGUAUGUGUGCAGGGAGGCCCGAUCUUAGGAGAGCAAGAAGACCAUUUAUUACCAUGAAAACUUAGCAAGGCCACCUGCACAUUCCUUAGGUGGCCAUGCCACUGCCACCUGUGAUGACGAGACACGGG